AUGUCGCGAGCUUCCGGCGAAGGCGGACCGCUCGGCGAGGGCCCGUUCGAAGCUUUCCACCUAGGUCGCCGGCUGAAUGUGUUCCGCGACUGCAGUGAAACCGGCGGGAGUCAUCUCAGUCACCUCCUCCGACAUCUCCGCCCUACGCCUCCGCAUCGACUUCGCCGUCUCAGUCACCUCCUCCAACAUCUCUGCGACGUACGGGCUCCAGUUGGAGUCUCCAUGGUCGGCCGCGUCUUCAACAACCUCAUCACCCGUCUCGAUUCCGGCGAGGAUAAAGAGGUCAAGGAGACGGCUGACGACGGAUUCAACCGGCGAGGCGAUGUUGUUGUCUUCUCCGGCGGAUGUUCAUUACGACGAACUCCAUGUGCACAGUCCAAAGGUCGCCGGAAACCGUCAGGGCAGAGCGGCGGUCGGCGGCUCUGUGCGGUAAGUACCGGGAUGGAGGUCUGCCGGAUCUGGCGUGGAGGUCAGGUGAAGGCCACCGGUUCGAACAGUGGCACCGUGAGCAGCACCUCCAAAGUCCAAUUUCCAGUCAACUUGCGAUCGAGCUCUGUCGAGGCUGAUGAGGUCGAAGGUCAGAGCUCUCUUCCGGUUCGAGCUGGCUUGAUAACGGCGUUGUCGGAGCAGGUGCCGACAGGUAGCAAUUUUAAAUGUCAACAGAUCUGUUUGGAUGGAGGUGCCUCAGUAGAACAUAACCCUCAGCUGCCAACUGAAGUGGUCUCAACUCAUAGGCCCAACUCAUCAAAUCAGACCAACCCAGUCAUUUGGGCCGCAUCUCAUCAGGGCCAAAUUCCAUCAAACAUAUCUGGGUCGAACCAUACACCUCAUCUACACCCUCAGCCCACAACCAAUCGCAAUCAAACCAUCGCAGCCCCCUCUCGGACCACCAUCUCAGAAAGCCCGCCGGCAAAUAUGCUUCUAUUGACCGACGACCUCAUCUCCGGCAACCUCAGCGCCGGUAUUGGCGUUAGCUACAACCACCGUAAAGUCGCUGGAUUCUCAGAUCCCCACCCGGUUGGAAUCCGAUACCCAGUUGCCUUUGGGACAUUGCCGUCGGAUACCCCCUCGCCGGUCACCCAUCUCCCAGCUCUUGAGGACGGCGCUUCGGGGAAAAUAAACCCUCACCUGCUCAGUGACAAGGACCCAAUCCCAUCUGGUUCUUUCACUCGCGUGACUACACUUGUCGGGUCCUCCGCGACACCGAUCAGGGUCGGGCGAUAUGACCUUUGGGACACCCUGCGUGAGAUUGCCGAGAGUAUGGAGGGAUUGCCAUGGAUGGUUAGUGGCGAUUUCAACAUCUUUCUGCAUCCCGAUGAGCGUGUGGGUGGCCGUUCGGACCGGUCACGGGAGAUGUGGGAUUUUGCUCAAGCGGUGGCGGACUGUGAGCUAAUUGACGCUGGAUGUGAUGGUGAGCGCUUCACGUGGGUGCGGGACGGACUCAAAGAAAGGCUCGACCGUGCCUUGGUUUCAGAGGCGUGA